AUGUCAUCCCCGCACUCACGGCCCAUUAAACGAUUGUUGGUCGCCAACAGAGGAGAGAUUGCCGUUCGUAUUCUCCAUGCAGCACGAGAAUUACCCGAGCCAGUCGAGACCUUCAGUCUGUACACAUCAGACGACCGAUCGCACUGCGAUCUAGGGCGACCACAGCAUGCAAUUCAAAUCCCAUCAGCGUCAUCAUAUCUCGACAUUUCCCUCCUGGUAGAGCUAGCCCAAAAACACUCUAUUGACGCCGUGCAUCCCGGGUAUGGAUUCCUCAGCGAGAGCGCCGAAUUCGCGCAUCGCAUGUGGCACGAAGCCGGAGCUACCGUCAUAGGACCUGGAUGGGAAAAUCUCGCCCGAACGGGUGAUAAACUGCAGGCAAAACAGCUAGCGCAGCAAUGCGGCGUCCCCGUAUUGGAAGCCAUGAGCCAACCUACCACUAACGUGGACGAAGCGCGUGCGUUUGCUACGCAGGUUGGUUUCCCAGUUAUGAUCAAGGCUGUUGAUGGUGGAGGCGGUCGCGGGAUUCGGCUCGUUCGCGAGGAGCAUGAGCUGGAUAAUAGUAUCCAGAGAGCGAUUGGCGAGUCGCCGUCUCGGACUGUCUUUGUUGAAAAGGCUGCUGUGGACGGAUUCCAUCAUGUUGAGAUUCAGAUUAUUGGUGAUGGGACGGGUCAGGUGCGACAUCUGUGGGAAAGAGAUUGCAGCGCUCAGCGGCGGUUUCAGAAGGUGGUUGAAUGCGCUCCGGCUUUGAUGCGGGAUAGAGCUUUGGUCGGUCGAGUGAUCGAGUCUGCGCUCAAGAUGGCAAGUGAAAUCUGCUAUCGGUCAUUGGGUACGUUUGAGUUCCUGGUCAGUGAACAGCGCGAGGAAUUCUACUUCUUGGAGGUGAACCCGCGGCUGCAAGUCGAGCACACCAUUACGGAAUCUAUUAGUGGGAUAGAUCUGGUGCAGACACAGCUUCUUCUCGCCCAGGGAUACACUUUAAAUGAGCUGGGCCUCGGUGCUGAGGUCAACGCAAAUCACCCUCCACCAAAUGCCUUUUCAAUCCAACUUAGACUGUGUGCUGAAGACCCUAGCAACGGGUUUUCUCUGAGCAUUGGCAAAGUUACUGGAUUUACCGUGCCUAGUGGCCAUGGAAUCCGCGUAGAUACCCAUGUCAAUGUCUCUGGCCCCGCGCUGGUUGUGGGAUCCAACUUUGACAAUCUGUUGGCCAAGAUAAUCGUGACUGCGCCCACAUGGGAAGCAUCCGUUAGAAAGGCCCAGCGGGUCUUGGCUGAUUCUAGGAUUGACGGUGUGAAAACUAAUAUCAGUCUUCUACGAGGGAUCGUGGCCCAUUCUGAUUUCAUGGCCGGCAAAGUCGACACACAAUGGCUUGGGCUCAACCUCGAUGCAGUACUCCAGCAAGGGGAGAACAUAUCGAAGACUCUCAUGGUUCUAGAUGGUCCAGCCGGUCCUUCACAGCAAUCAAUCACCCAAAGUGGAUUGCCAGCAUCCAAUCUCUUGUUCCGAAAAGGAGAUGCAUGGUCAAUCACGUUGGAACCUCUGUCGAAGGAUUCCCAGCAAUCAGACAAAGUUGUCCACCAUCUGCGCCUGUCUCGGGUACUACGCAAUGAGUUCCCAUCUUCACUAGCUGCCGAAGUUGAAUAUACGACUCCAACCUCGCAGGGCGCAAUCCCCUAUCGGAUGCAACUCGAAACAACUACGACCGCUGCGUCAGCAUUGGUGUCCUCGUCGCAUCGGCGAGGUGAUCCAAAUAAUUCCCACCAUAUCAUCCUCCCUCUGUCCGGUAGAUUGAUUGAGAUACUGGUGUCGGAUGGAGAGGAUGUUGUUGAAAAUCAGGUCCUGGCUUUCGUCAAGCAGAUGAAGAUGGAGCUCGAAGUACGAAGCCCUCGAAGUGGUCGGGUCAAAUGGGUUUAUGAGAUGGAGGAUGAAGAGGAGGAUGUCGCUGAGGGUAUGCUUUUGGUCGAAUUGGAGCCAAACAAUGGGAAAGUAGAAGUCCGGGGUAAGUUAUGA